AUGUCGGCGGACACGGCGAGCGGCCCCACGCAGGACCAGCUGGAGAUCCUGGAGUACAACUUCAGCAAGGUCAACAAGCACCCCGACCCCACCACGCUGCUGCUCAUCGCGGCCGAGGCCGGCCUCUCGGAGGAGGAGACGCAGAAAUGGUUUAAGCAGCGCCUGGCCCAGUGGCGGAAGUCGGAAGGCCUGCCCUCAGAAAGCAGAUCCGUGACGGACUAA